AUGAGGAGUGAGGGUUUGAUGAUUCCGUGUCUGGAAUUUUCUGGAAUGGAGUUGAAAGAGGGGACUGAGGAGUGGAGAGAGAUGAGCAACAAGGUGAGGGAUGCUUGUGAGAGCCAUGGUUGCUUCCUCAUUGUUUAUGAUAAUAAGGUUCCAAAGGGUCUACGUGAAGACAUGUUUUUAUGCAUGAAAGAGUUGUUUGAUUUGCCUGAAGAAACAAAGAGGAAGCACAAAAGCACAAAGCCUUAUAGAGGCUACAAUUGUGGCUGCCCUGUCACUCCUUUUUCUCAGAGCUUUGGAAUUGAUGAUGCUCCUCUCCCUCAAACUUCUCUGGCCUUCACUAACCUCAUGUGGCCUCAGGGAAACCCCACUUUCUGUGAGAUGUUGAACUCCACCAGCUCCAAGUUGCUUGAUCUGAGUUUGGUGAUUAUGAAGAUGCUCGUAGAGGCUUAUGGGCUUCCGAAAGAGUACACCUCGGACAUUGAAGAGUUGAAGAGUUCGAGUAAUUUUCGGUUGAUGAAGUACAAAGUGCCUGAAAGUGGUGAAAUGUGUGAGACUGCAUUGUUGCCUCACACGGACAAAAGUGCCUUAACGAUUCUGUGCGAAAACGAGGUGGAGGGUCUGGAGGUGUUGAGCAAAUCACAGGAAUGGGUUCCGGUGAAGAUACCGGAGGAGGGGUUUGUGGUGAUCAUGGGUGACGUGUUGAAGGCAUGGAGCAAUGGGAGAGUCCACGCUGCUACACACAGAGUUAUGAUGAAAGAAGAAAAAGAGAGAUACUCGUUUGCACUAUUUGCUGUGCCAAAAGAGGAGGUGAAGAUUGAGGUGCCUCCAGAGCUGGUGGAAGAGAAGAUUCACCCUCUUCGUUACAGGGCCUUCAACUAUGGAGAUUACUUCGCCUACUUCGUUUCUACCCUCCACGACAAUGCAUUGGAUCUCUUUGCUGGUAAUGCAUUUUUUCAUGAAUAG